AAACAGACUCACCUCUCUUUUGGACCAAACAAAAAUUUGUGUGUUGAUACAUUUUUAGUAUUCCAACGUAAUUCAAAUAAUAGAAGCUUUUUCACAUUCACAAGUUUGAGUUUCCAAUUCCAAAAACGGUUUAUUAUGAAAAUUAAGCAUCAAUAAUUGUGGAGCAAAAAUGAGUUUUGCCCGAGAGAUAAGGGUAGUCCAUAAAGUAGAAAAUAAUUGUUCAAUAAAAUGCCAAAUGAAGCUCCCAUGAAUCCCAUUACCUCUUUACAUCGUUCUGCCUAGAGUUCUCAUUAACUUUUCCUUUCCUUCCUUUUUAUAUCUCCCUUGUUCUUCCCUCUCUAGAAAUUAAGAGAGGGAAGAACCUUUGAUAACAGCAAAAAGAUAUUAUAUAGCUGAAUAUAUAAUUUCUUAUAUAUAUCAAAGUAAUUAAGGUGAAGAGGGAAAGGGAGGAAACAUAAACUUCAAAAUGUCGGUUUCAAGGCUUUUCUUCGGAGUUCUUACAAUCCUAGCUGUAGUUUCCUCUAUUUUGUUGUCAAUGGCACAUGCUCAAUCAGCAGCUCCUGCUCCAGCUCCGACAAGCGAUGGAACAACAAUAGACCAAGGCAUAGCAUAUCUCCUUAUGUUGGUGGCAUUGGUCCUUACUUAUCUCAUCCAUUGAUCCUUCUAUCAUUUUAAUAUUGGUCUCUAUUUAGUUUAAUUAUAUUUUCUCGUUUUGAUUAUAAUUAAAUAGAGACCAGAAAAGAUUUAUAUGUGGUAGAGAAAUUAACGAGGUUUUCUUAUUUUUGGAGUAUACAAUUUUGAAGUUCAUUUCUAUAAAGUCGAUGUGCGUUCAACUGUUGGAAAUAUAUUUCAUCGAUCGAUUUACUU